AUGCAGGAGGAUGCUGCUGAGCCCCUGCCCUUCUCCGAGUACCUGGAUGCGGAUAAGCAAGUCCUGCUGCGCUGGGGCUUUGACGAGAUCCUCAGCAACAUCACCAUAGAGCUGUGCGUCAACACCACCGGCUGGGUCGGCUUUGGCCUGAGCCCCAACGGCGACAUGACAGGAGCCGACAUCGUCAUGGGUGGAGUGAACACGGACGGAUACUAUUUUGGGGACUACCAUGGGGUUGGGAAGAAGAUGCCUCUCCUUGACAGUAAGCAGAGCUACAGCCUGUUGUCUGUCACAGAGGCCAAUGGAAAGACCACCAUGAGGUUUAAGAGGUCCAUCAAGUCCUGCGACGUGAAUGACCUCCCCAUUACUGAGAGGCCAAUCAAGGUGAUCUAUGCGUACGGGCUGAUGGACGAGCUGGCCUACCACGAGCAGCGGCGGGGCACCAGAGAGCUCAACCUCCUCAACUACAUACCCCGCUCCAUUCCCAGCACCAGCAGUUACUUCGACAUGACCAUAGUCAAUUUCACAAUUCCUGACAAAAACACUCACUAUGAAUGCAGAGUGAUGGAGGCUCCCUCCUUCGCUACAAAACAACACAUCUAUCGGGUUGAGCCUCUGAUUGAGCAUGUGGAUCUAGUGCACCACCUGGUGUUGUAUAUGUGUCCUCGCCACGUCAACACCACCUUCCAGGAGCCCUGCUUCACCAGCAAGGAUGACGAUGUCUGCUUUCAAGUCAUAGCUGCAUGGGGGAUCGGGGGAGGGGAUUUUGAGGUGCCGGAGAAUGUGGGGCUUCCCAUUGGAGGAGACCAGGGAGACAUUUUCUACCGGCUGGAGGUCCACUACAAUAACCCCACCCUCAUCGCAGGCCGUGUGGACAACUCGGGUCUCCGCCUGCACUACACCUCUGAGCUGCGUGAGCAUGAUGCAGGUGUGCUGAUGGCUGGGCUGGCGGUGAUGCAGGGCUAUGCCAUCCCUCCCAACGCCACCUCUUUCCGCACGUACGGCAUGUGUGACACAUCCGUCAUGAAAGAGAACUCAACAGAUCUGCAGGUGUUUGGAGCUGCUCUGCACACUCACCUGGCGGGACGCAAGGUUCGAGUGGGUCACUACAGGAAUGGAACCCAGCUUGGAUUCAUGGCCAUGGAUGAACACUACAACUUUGAGUUUCAGCAGACCAAAAACUUUGGCAAAACACAAUCUCUUAAGAAGGGAGACUCUCUCAUGGUGGAGUGCACAUACGAAACCAGGGAUCGCACAGACUUCACAUGGUCAGGUCUUUCGACCCAAAAUGAGAUGUGCCUGGCCUUCCUCUUCUACUACCCAGCCUCCAGCAUGAGCAACUGCAUCAGCUUUCCUCUAAUGGAGACCCUGCCCUCUGCUGUAGGAGCCUCAAACUUGGAUGAAGCAUACCAAAUACUCAGCCAGAAGACGUGGAAUGAGGAGGCCAUCACUGACUACGAGAAGACCCUGAAAGAGCUCCCACAACUUUUUCUCGUAGGUGAUUCAGAGAACAACUACUACUUCAGCUCGGGCAGACUGGCGGACAUGAUGGCCAGCCCGACUCCCGAGUGCUGGAGGACCCCCUCAGGAUCCGGCUCGGGACCCUCCCCCGGGCCCAGUAGCAGCUCAUACAGGCUGCACAUGCACUGGCCACUCUUUACACUGCUGUGGGCCCUCCGUUAUACAUGGUGAUGUACAGCACUGACUAAACACAAUCACUUAAAGGUGCACCACGUAAUAUUUUUUGUAGUUUAUUUCCAGAAUUAAUGCUGCCCAUUCACAAAUGUUACCUUUUUCAUGAAUACUUACCACCACCACCAAUUUUUAAGUAUUCAUUAUGACUGGGGAAAUUGCACUUUUCAUACAUGAAAAGGGCUAUCUUCUCCAUGGUCCGCCAAUUUGAAUUCCCAGAAAUAUACAUUUUUAGCUGUAGAACUUACUGUACUUUGGUUUUACAAGUUAAUAUUGGUUUAUUAUUUAGUAAAUAUUCAUGAAAAGAUCAAAUUUGGUAAUAGGCAGCACAGUUUCAAUAAGCAGCAUACUUGCAGUACCCAUUCUGGCCACAUUCUACACAGUGCACCUUUAAAAUACUGUACACACAGUUAUACAGCCAUGAACCACAUCUCUUCACAAAUAUCCACACUGACCUUGGCUAGA